AUGGAGUCACCGUCGCGCGUGACGAGCUACGUCCCGGGAGACGACGCGAUCGAGCGACACGGAGCGCUGAGCGAGCGGUUUCGGGACGAGCGCGACAAGCGGAGCGGGGCGAUGCGGAUGUUUUCCAGAUCGGCGUCGAAGCGCGGGGAUGGAUCGCCGAAUAGAGCGUCGCCGAUGUCCUCGCCCGGUGUGGAGCACGGUGAACGCGGACGUCGGAGUGUCAUCGCGGAGGCGUUGUCGACGCGCGGAGCGCUCACGACUUCGUUAUUGAGGCUGACGAGCGAUCAGACGAGUAAGAGUGUGAAGCUCAACGCGUUGAUCGUUACUAUGACGAGUGAGAAUGAAGAUGUCGCGGCGGAUACAUUCGCACACGGGGUGCAAAAGAUGACGCGGGAGGUAAUUAAGCGAGAGGAGUUGGCGGAUGAGAUGUAUGUGCAGUUGGUUCGAGCGACGCGCAAUAUGGGAUCGAGUCGAGGGGAGCGCAAGGCGUGGGAACUCAUGCGUUUGUUUGCCGCUCUGUUCGCGCCGUCGAGAGAUUUCAUCGGCUUCGUUUCCGAGUACGUCAACGAGGUGUCCGAGCGCGGAUCGAGUGAAGUGCAAUCUGUCGCUCGAUCGACGCUGGAGACGAUGAAGCGCGUGAGCAAGAGCGCGAUGCGUCGCCACGAGCCCACGGCGGAGGAGAUCGUUGCCUUUGCUCGCGGUGAACAGCUUCGAGUGGUGAUUUCGUUUCUCGAUGGCACGUUUGAGGACGUUUCGUACGACAUCACGACGACUGUUAAAGAGGUCGUGGGCGAGCUCUCUCGAGCGGUCAAAUUACAAAAUUACGGCUCAUUUUCAGUGUUUACAGUGAGACGGUACUACGGGAAAAGUUCACCGUUGGUCAAGGAGGCAUUGCUCUCAGAAGAGCACCAUGACGUGGGCGAGCUCGCGUUUCUCAGCGAUGCAUUGGGGGACGUUAGACAGAUGAAGACCGAAGCGACGCCGAGCCGAGCGACAUCGAUGCAAACCGGACUGUUGUUCAAGAAGCGCAUGUUCAGGGAGACUGACGAGAGUAUCACGGAGCCGACGUUCAUCUUGCUCUCUUACGUUCAAGCGAAGCACGAUUUCCUCAUGGGAAACUAUCCGCUUUCGCGUGAUGAUUCCGCACUCCUCGCGGCACUGCAAGUGCAAGCGGAGGAGGGGCCACGCUUCGUGGACGAUCCGGCCGCGCUCGGACAAACUCUCGCUAAAUACCUGCCGCGCGUGAUGGUGAACACGCGACCGACAGAGGAGUGGUCAUCACACAUCGUCGCUCAGCACGCCUCCGUACGAGGGUUGAGCUCGGAAGAAGCUCGUCAAGGGUUGUUGCGAAUGAUCCAAACGCUCCCGUAUGGUCAUUCCGUGUUGUUUCGCGCAAGACGCGUGGACGAUCCGAUCGGUUUGCUCCCUGGAAAACUCAUGAUCGGCGUCAACAAAAGAGGCGUGCACUUUUUCCGUGACGUUCCGAUGGAAUACCUCUACACAGCUGAUUUGCGUGACAUCAUGCAGUUUGGAUCUGCUCCACACGCGGUGUUUUUCAAAAUGCGCGUCUCUGGAGCGCUUCACGUGUUUCAAUUUGAGACGACCGACGGCGAGAAUAUCUGUUUGGCGCUCCAAACCCACAUCAACGAUGUGAUGAUGAAGAAGGUAGCGGAGAAACAGGCGGCGACGAUGUCGGCCGCGGUGCAGACGUCUGAGACGCGACCAAACCAAGCGUCGUCCACGUCCGAGCUCGCGGAGGCUUCUGACAAAGCGUUCGUGGAUCAGGCGAAGCGAGGAGAGGCUGACAGUAGAGAACUUCGGGAAAUAAGAAGUAAAUUAGACGAAUUGUGGACAGAGAGAAAAGAGCUGCGGGCGCAAUUGCGUGAGGUUACCGAAGCGUUUCACGAGGCGAGCGAUAGAUUGGAGAGCGAAAGAGCGAGCAAGUCGGACAUCGUGGAGACAGUAAAAUCACUCGAGGGGCAGCUGAAAGAGGCAAAGGAAGCCGCGAUGUCGAAGGAUUCUGUCACAUCGAACAGGCUCGAGGACUUGAACGCGAUUCAAAUUAAGGAGUUACAGGAUGAAUUGACCAUUGAGACGGAGCGAGCGCGCACGAGUGAGGCCCAGACGCACGAAUUGCAGCAACAGGUGGUGGUUCUGCAACAAAAGCUGAAACGCGCCGAAGCUACGCACGCGGACGAGUUGAAAAGAAUCACCGACGAGAAGAGCGCGGACGUCGGCGAUUGGUCGAAAAAGUGUCACACCGCCGAAGCGAAGAUUGGUGAACUCGUUGCGGAGAUGAACGCGCUUCGUCGCGAACACGAGGAGCAACGAGCUUCGAUAACAAAAGAAGUCAUGCUCGAACUCGAAGAGCUGCGCGAACUCAAGUCAACUUUUGAGUCUCAGCAAGCCACCACGCGCGAUCUUAUGGCGGGUCAAACGUCGAAGAUCAGGGAGCUUGAAGAAAAGUACACUUCAGAGGCAACGCUUCGCCGUCGAUACUUCAACAUGUUGGAAGACAUGAAGGGCAAGAUUCGAGUGUAUGCCAGGACGCGUCCGCUCACGGCGAUCGAGGCGGGACAGAAUCAAAAAGUUGUCCUCGCGACACCGGAUGAGUACACAUGCUCGCACCCUUGGCGUGGAGAAAAGAAGGAUCGGUCGUAUGAGUUUGAUGAAGUGUUCGAUGCGAAAUCAUCUCAAGAGCAGGUGUUCGAAGACACCAAGUAUCUCGUGCAGAGCGCCAUCGAUGGAUACAACGUGUGCAUAUUUGCCUACGGUCAGACAGGGAGUGGCAAGACGUUCACCAUUUACGGUGACGAUGAGAACCCAGGUUUAACACCGCGGGCAAUCGCAGAGGUGAUGCGGUGCGUCCAUCGCGAUUCGGACAAGUGUUCGGUGAAGAUGGAGUGCUACAUGCUUGAGCUCUACCGCGACGACAUGAACGAUUUGCUCCUACCCUCGGGUACGGGCGAGAUGCCGCGACUGGACAUUAAGAAAGACAAGAAAGGCUGGGUGACCGUACCGAAUGCCACAGUUGUGCCCGUAGGGUCCGAAGAAGAGAUUAUUGGCGUCAUACAAUCGGGAUUGAAGGGCCGCAAGACAGCGGGGACGAAGAUGAAUGUUGAAUCGAGUCGGUCGCACUUGAUAUUUUCUCUCGUCCUGGAGACCACGGACCUGCAAACGGGAGCGGUGACGAAAGGAAAACUUUCCUUCGUUGAUCUCGCUGGGAGUGAGCGCGUGAAAAAGUCAGGAGCCGAGGGUGACACGCUCAAAGAAGCCCAGGCGAUCAACAAGUCACUUUCUGCGCUUGGCGACGUCAUCUCCGCCUUGGCUUCUGAGCAACAGCACAUUCCGUACAGAAAUCACAAGCUGACGAUGCUUAUGAGUGACUCGCUCGGAGGUAACGCGAAGACGCUGAUGUUCGUAAACGUUUCGCCGACGGAUGGUAACGUGGAAGAGACGCAGAAUUCCUUGACGUAUGCGACACGCGUAAGAACGAUAAAGAACAACUCGACCAAAGCCGUCGAGAGUAAGGAGGUUCAGAAGUUGAACGACCAAAUCGCGUUUUGGCGGCAAAAGGCGGGUGAAUGCGAAGUGAACGAGUUGAUGGACAUUCGGGACGAGCGACGAGGGCUCGAGCAAGCGAUGUCAAACCUUAGGACGUAA